UUUGGAGUGAUCCAAGUCAUGGGUACUUUUGAGACAGAAAUCGAAAGUGUACCCAUUACUAAGGAACGUAGAGUUCCGAACGAUGUUGACGUCCUUAACAAUGCUGGACUCCCCCGAGCAAAUAUUGCCGCAUCCAGAGAGCGUCCAAGUGGUACCGAAGGACGACCUGGACAAAUGACUGUAUUGCAACAGCAUGUGGAAUUUUUUGAUAGAGAUCGCGACGGUAUAAUCAGGCCGUACGACACUUAUUACGGCUUUCGAAGACUGGGAUUCAAUCCUCUGUUCUGUCUUGUAGCUGUCUUUAUAAUACAUCCUUCUUUUUCCUAUGUCACUCAAACAUCUUGGAUGCCUAGUCUAACUUUCAACAUCAACACAAACUUUAUCCACAAUGGUAAACAUGGGUCUGAUACUGAGAGUUAUGAUACUGAAGGCCGGUUCGUUCCCGAGAAAUUUGAAGAGAUUUUCUCAAAGUACAGUCAUCAGACCCAAGACGCUUUGACAUUCAGAGAAAUUGUAACAAUGAUUCGUGGUAAUGCGAAUGUUAUGGAUUUCUUCGGAGUAUUUGCCAUGGUUUUUGAAUGGGGGACAUUAUGGCUUUUGAGGGCACGUAACGGGGUUUUAUUGAAAGAAGAUGUAAGAGCCCAGUAUGACGGCUCACUCUUCUAUAAGGUCGAGCGAGAAUUGAAAGAGCGCGAAAGCAAAGACAG